UUUUUUUUUAAUUCUUGAACAUAAACAGGUGGACAACCAAAAAGUAUGUCCCCAAACUGGGAAAUAUGAAUUCAUCAUUUGAAGAAGUGGAUAACUUCUACUCCUUUUGGUACAACUUUGAUUCUUGGAGAGAAUUCUCUUACUUGGAUGAGGAAGAAAAGGAAAAAGCAGAAUGCCGAGAUGAAAGAAGGUGGAUUGAAAAGCAAAACCGUGCGUCUAGAGCACAGCGAAAAAAAGAGGAAAUGAACAGAAUACGGACAUUAGUGGACACUGCGUACAGCUGUGAUCCCCGGAUAAAGAAGUUCAAGGAAGACGAGAAGGCGCGAAAAGAGUCCGAGAAGAAAGCCAAAGCUGAAGCGAAGAGGAAAGAACAGGAGGAGAAAGAACGGGCAAGGCAGGCCGAACUGGAGGCUGCCCGUCUGGCCAAGGAGAAGGAAGAGGAGGAGGCGAAGCAGGCUGCGCUGCAGGCCAAGAAAGAGAAGGAGAUCCAGAAGAAAGCCAUCAAAAAGGAAAGGCAGAAACUCAGGACAACAUGCAAGAACUGGAAUUACUUUGCUGACAAUGAGGCUGAAAGUGUGAAGAUGAUGGAAGAGAUAGAAAAACUCUGCGAUCGACUGGAGCUUGUGAGCCUACAGUCCUUGAACGAAGAGCUUGCGUCGAGUACAAAGCAGGAAGGCAAGGCCGCGGUUGAAAAGCACGUGCAGGAGGUGAACGCGCAGCUGCAGAGGGAGCGGGAGGCGGAGGCCCGGGCGCGCCAGGCCGCCAGGAUUUCCGAGCAGGCCAGCAGCGGAGCCGGAGGGGGCAGCAAGGGCUGGAACGAGGAGGAGCUGCAGCUGCUCAUCAAAGCCGUCAACCUUUUCCCUGCCGGAACCAACGCCAGGUGGGAAGUGAUUGCCAACUACAUGAAUUUGCACUCUACUAGUGGCAUCAAACGAAAUGCCAAGGAUGUUAUUAAUAAAGCCAAGAAUUUACAAAAACUCGAUCCUCACCAGAAAGAUGAAAUCAACAAGAAAGCAUUUGAAAAGUUUAAAAAGGAGCAUGCGGCCGUGCCCCCGACUGUCGACAAUGCAGUUCCCUCAGAACGAUUUGAUGUUUCAAGCUCGGAUACAAAUUCUGCUCCAUGGACGACAGAGGAACAGAAGCUCCUGGAGCAAGCGCUGAAGACCUUUCCUGUUAACACCCAGGAGAGAUGGGAGAAGAUUGCAGCUGCGGUUCCCGGCCGUACUAAGAAGGAUUGUAUGAAGAGAUAUAAGGAGCUGGUUGAGAUGGUGAAAGCCAAGAAAGCUGCCCAGGAACAAGUUGCUGUUAAAAGUAAAAAAUGACAAGUAUAUAAACUGUGUUCUUUUAGUGUUGUUGUGCUGUCUUUAUUUUAUAAUAAAAAAAAUGCAAACAAACGUUUAA